AUGUUGGCUCUUCGCGAUGUGCACGAGGGUGGGACGACGCGCGUCGCCAUCGACGGCGAUCACGUCCUCACCGGCGGUGCCGAUGGCGUGGUCGCCCUUUUUCCCGUCAAGCGGUGGCCGAAGAGCGCCUCGCUGUGGGCCCGCCAAUGCCACGAAUCGGGGGUUACCAACGUCGUUCUGCACGACGCCCUGCACCUCGGCUUAUCGUGCGGGCGCGACGGCAAAAUCGUCCUCCACGAAAACAUUCACGAGACCGGCGACGACGCGAGCAAGUCGACGUCGAGAGUUAUCUGCCGCGUAACGGGCGAGGUUCGCUGUUUGUACUUUGACGCGACGCAGCAGCGCGUGUUUGUCGGCGGCGACUCCCUGCGUUGCCUUCAUAUGACCUCGAAUCGCUUCCACAUCCAGACCAUUCCCCUCCCCAUACCGCACCCGUUGGUUGCGUUAGCGCUCUCGCCCUGUGGGAGGCUCCUGGCGGCCGCGAAUGCCGGCGGAUCCGUCGCCGUCAUCGGCGUCGUGCCACCCACCGCCGUCGCUGAUCUCCCCACCCCAACCUCCGCGCCGCCGUCCGAGCGGGAGCUCCUUGAGGCCGACGCGCUUCGCAAAGUCAAAUUCGUCUUUUCUAACGUCCUGUCGCCAUCCGCGAAGCGGGAGGAGGCGUGUACGUAUCGGAUGCAAUGGUGCCCCACGGGCGGCGGCGCCGUCCUUGCCGUUCCCACCGCCGUGGAGGUGCUGAUUUACCAGUUGCGCGGCGACCUCAGCGCGCCCGCCGGGUAUCAAAUGCGGUGCAUCGGUGGGCUUCAUGCGGAGCAGCUGAUCGACCUCCACGGGGUUGGCCUGUACCCCCUAUCCUCCCAUCGCAUGAUGUGCGUGAUGGCCUCGCAGGAGGGGGUUUAUAUGGCGAAGGUGAGCAGCGGCAAGCUCGCGAUGACGCACCAUCGGCUUCAGAAGUACGACGGCGGGCCCGUCAUCACGGACAUGCAGGUGAACUCGCGGACCGGAGACGUCGUGGUGGGGCUGCGCGACGGCAAGGUCUCGCUGCUGCAUCGCGCCGCGUUAAAAGGCCUCGACGCCGGCAAGGCGGCCGCCCCGCGGGGGCGCCAAACCCCGCGUCCGGCCGCCAACGCGGAGGGCAACCCCCCUCCCGGCUCCGAGACGCCCGACGAGGACGAGGACGAGGCCGGGGUCGGGGAGGGCAGCCAAUUCAUCGACCGGCAGGCGAAGGCGAAGUCAAGGAAGGAGCGACCAGGAUCCUCCAAGCGCGUCGCCUUGGAGGAUGAUUUUAUCAACGAUGCGUCCACCAGCAGCGGGAGUCGCGAUGGCGGCAGUGAUGCGGCGGACUCGUCCUCCGAUUCCGGCAGCGUAAGUAGCACCGAUGGGGAUGCGGAGGAGGUGGAGGAGGACCUGGAGAAGGUCGUAUCCGACCUGAAAAGUCGCGGAUCGGGUUUUGUCGACGUGGAGGGCGGCGCACGGCCGUCGAGGUGGCGCAAAGAGGAUCCCAAGCGGGUGGUGGCGAGUGUUCGGCGCCAGUCGUCGCGUUUUUUGGAUGACGAGGCCGAGGAGGCCUCCUCGGGCGACGCCGAGGCCGAGGAUGAGAUGGCGUACGAAGAGGACGGCUACGGGGAGCGGAAUCGCCGCCACCGGGCGUACGAUGGGGAUGAUGGGAAUACCGGCGUCGUCGCCUCCGAUGACGAGGCGCGGGGCUCCGACGCGGGCGAUCGGAGCUCCCUUUCGGAGCUCCAUCCGGCGGUGGACGGCGCCGACGUCGGGGGGGCGGCCUCCCUGGCGAAGCCCGGCGCGGUGGUGCGGGAUUACGCCUUCCAGGUCGGCGCCACCCCCGCCGGCGAGGAGGGGAGCUGCUACCUCGCCUACAACGCCGUUGGCUUCAUCCACUGCACGCGCGAGGCGGCGACGGUGCACUUCCACGACAUCUCCUACCCCGCCGUCCGGGUUCACGAGAACGGCGUCGUGCUGAUGGGGACGCUGAGCCCGGUCGGCGCGGGGUUCGUCAUCCUCCCGCCGGACGUCAGCGGGGAGGCCGCCGGGCUCGACAGCGUCGACGACGCCCCGCGGCUGGUGGUGUAUUUCCGCACCUUCGUCUCCCUCGGCGCGCAGUCGGACUGGCGGGUGCGGCUGCUCCCCGGGGAGACCGUCCGCUGCAUCGCGGCGGGGAUUCACUUCAUCGCGGUCGCGACGAGCCGCUACCUCCGGCUGUUCUCCCUCUCCGGGCUGGAGAUCGGCGUCCUGAGCAAGUUCCCGCGGAUCGUCGCGAUGGCGGGGACCUCGAGCCGGAAGCUGAUGGGGAGCUACAAGGUCGACUUCGACCCCCUCGCGGUGGUGUUUCUCGAAGGCGGGGAGCUCAAAAUGGAGGUGAUGAAUGUGGCGAACCGCUCGACCGUCGUUCCCGCGCGGGUGGUCCCGCUGACGGCCGCCGCCGACGGCUCCACGCACGAGCUUCAGUGGCUCGGCUGGUCGGAGGACGGCCCGCUGCACACGGUGGAUACCGCAGGGGUGGUGCGGAUGUACACGGCGAGCUGGGGAGGCUCCUGGAUCCCGGUGUACGACCCCCGUUCCCUCGCCGACGCGAGCACGAAUCUGUGGAUUUGGGGGGUGAAUGACGAGUCGCUCUACGCGUACCGCUCCUCCGCGGCGGCGGGGUCGCCUUACCCGGCGGCGGUCUCAGGGGGGCUGCCGACGGAGCACGUUCCGCUCUUCCUCCCGCUCACCCGCAGCAUCAACGAGAAGGAUGUGGGGACGUGGGAUCACCUCCUCCGCCGCGAGAUCCGCGCGGAUGAGCUGAAGCUGCAGAGCAGCGUGUACACCCAGGCGAUCGCCUGGCAUGACGCGUGGCAUGAUAAGAAGCUGCUCGGGUUGUUUCGAUGGGCUCUGCAGGAGCAGCUCACCACACGUGCGCUCGAUCUCGCCACGCUGAUGGAGCUGCGCGAUAAUGUGGAGGUGUGCGCGAAGGAGGCGAACAGCCGGGGCCACACCCAGCUCGUCCACAAACUCCUCUCCGUGUAUGAGAUGCGGGUGAAGACGCGGAGCAAGCGAAAGUGCACCUUGCCGCUGGAGGGAUCGGCGGUGAGUGAGAAGGAGCGCGACCUCCUCCUGCGGAAAUUGCUGCUGAAGGAGAAGGAGGGCCUGCAGCGUGGGGAGCCCAACGGGGCCAAACGGCAGGCUGCGGAAAGCCCUGAGAGCGGCGGCCCCGUCGAGGCCACCACCCCGCCGCGAGCGAAACCACCGACGACGCCGCACCCGACCAACCCGGAGACGCCGCCCAAACCAACCGAAGGGGGGGGGGAUCGCCCCCAGGCCCCCGGGACCUCCCCUGGCGGCCGCUCGACCACCACGGCGGAGUCGUCCCCGACGCGGCAGCGCGUAACCUUCGUCCUCCCGACGGAUACGCAGAGCACCGCGACGAAUACGACGGCGACGACGGUGGAGGCUCGCAAACCCGCCCCGGUCGCACGAACCCCGCCUUUACCCGCUGCCACGAAGCCGAUGAACCCCUUCGGACGGGCGGCUCCCCUGUCUAUCCCUCCGACUGCUCCUCCGCGAGUGGCCUCUCGCGACGGUCCUGUCGAGAUCCGUGGAGACUUUCAAACCAAAAAGCCGUCGCCAUUUAUCGCAGCGGCCCCUCCCCCCCUCCCUUCUCGCAUUGAUGUGGACGACGGCCCUGUCGAGCUCCUCGGGGGCUCCCAGCCCCCCCUUCCCGUGGACCCCUUCCUGCGCGGGGCCUCUCCCACUGGCGAGGGGGCGGGCCUCACCGUGCGGGCCGUCCUCGACCAGGGCCACGGCGACGACGAGGCGGUGCAGCCGCGCAGCCGGCUUUUCGGGGAGGCCCUGCGGAAGCGCUACCGCGACGACGACGACGACGACGACGAGAGGAUCGACGGAGGAGGCGAAAGGGGGGGGGGGCUCCCAGCCCUGGCGGUGCCGCGCAUCGCGUAG